CCAUAUCUGCCCACGCUCGCCUGUACCGCUGACCCGCACAGCGCCGUAUCGCUCGCCUGUGCUGCUUUCCCAUCAUCUUCACCCUCACUACUCCUCUUUCACCGCCUUGCCGCCUUGCCCCCCAUCACCCCCACCCACAAAUUCGAUUCCUCACCUCUUCUAACGACCCCUUGACGACUAUUGACGAAUCAUUACGAGCGAGCGAUACACUCUUCAGCCCAACUUGAGAGCUGUCAGAACCUCUUAUCACGACCAACCCAUCACGACUUUUGCGACGAGCACUUUUACACUUUGUUCCUCAAAUUGGCCUACUCGCCCGAGAAGGCUCAUUCCAACCAUCUUUCUCCACUCGCACACACCUGACUUACGAUUAGCAUGGGGGUAACCUUUUCACGCCCUUUGCAGCAGGUGGAAUAUUUCCUACUGGGAGCAGCGAGCGCGUGGGACAGUCUGCUGCGCAAAGCGGAGAGGGGCAUCAAUGUAGUCCUACACGGCGCAUUCGGACCCUUGUUCGGCUUCGAACGGCCGAGCACGAUCCAUCGAGCAUGCGACGCGGAUGGCGUCUGCUACAUUCCCGCUUCUCAAGCUGCCAAAGCUCGAGCGAAACGCGUGCAGAGAGCUCAGGACAAGAUUGCAAAGAGAGCAGCUAGAGCAGAGGCAGCUGCUCGGAAUGCUGGAGCGGAGAUUUGGAAAGUCAAAGAUUUGGCGGAGCAGGGUGCCAAGGAUGCGUGGAAGAGAGCGGGCGAGAAGGCGGAAGAGGACAGGGAGAGGUUGGUCAAAGCCGUGGAACACGAAAAGGAAAGAGUCAGAGCUUCUAUGGACAUCGAGAAGGAUGCGAUUCAUAAGAGGUACGAGGAUGGACGAAAGGUGCUUGUCGAUGGCAUCGUCCACGAAAAGCAGCGCGUGGUUGACGGGGUGCACCAUGCUGGUCAACUGGCUCAUGAUCAGGUUCACAACCUCGAGAACGCCGCGCACGAUGUGGUUGCAGGACUGGAGAAGAGAGCACAUGACCAGAUGGACAGACUGCUGCAUCGCGAGGAACAAACAAAGGAUCGAGCUGUGCAAGCUUUGGAACAGCGCAAGGCUGCCAUCACGCAUGCCAUCGAGAAGAAGCAAGUGGACAUGCAGACUGCGAUCGAAGAGCGGAAGAAGGAACUCAUCAAGAGAGCGACGGAAGACAAGGAGCGGGUAGUGCAGAUCAUCACGCGCUCGCCCAAGGAAGACUCAACGACGGAUCAGGGCGGUGUGUUUGGAAAGUGGGAUAUAGGGGCUGGCGGCCUGGCGGCCGGUUUGUACGCCGGCUUGGCAGGUGUCGCGCAGUACGGUGCCGAAGUCGUGGGAUACGUCGCGCCCAAGGACCUCAACACAAGCCCCGCACGCGAUGAAAAUGCCAUCAAACGUUCUCUGGGAGAGGAUGUCAAAGCUCCCGGGCCUCGCUCGGCUCAGGAGCGACAGACCGCGGCGGAGAAAAGCAAAGGUCAAUUAUGGGUCAUGGGAAACGUAGCGCCCUCUAGUCCUCCUCAAGCACCGUUGAGACGUAGCAGCAGCAACUCCAAACGGCGCUCCAUCCAGCCUCAGCCCACCGAGUCAUCCAAGGCGGGCCGGGCAUCCUUGUCGAACAGCGACGAAAAGACCGAUCCUGACGAGGCCCAUGCGAGUCCUCGCAAGCGUGCGAACGCACCUCGAUUGGAUGCGGUACGAGAAAGCAUGGCGUUCCCGGAUCAAGUUCAAUUGUACAGCCACGAGCGAAGAGGAUCGGGAGCAGACGCGGCUCACUUUACAUAUCAAGUCUUGGCCAAGUCGGGCGAUUCCGCACCGGAUCAGCACGUGGUGCCCAGGGAGAGAAAAAGCAGCAAGAACAAAUCCAAAGAUCGUAACAUGGCUAUCGAAAGCUGCCAGUCGCCUGACUCUUCGUCUGCUCCUCCACCGACUGUGAAUGCUGCUCCCGUUCUAGUAGCUCCCAAGCCCCGCAGAGCGCAAGCAGAAACUGCUCCAUUCGUCGAGCCGCGCAAGUGCGCACCUGCACCUCUGGUCCUCGAUGCGAAUGUCAGCUCGUCGACAGCGGUGGGCGCAGGCAUCGUACGAGGGGCGACCCCUUCCUCGAUAGGAGGCAGAAUGAGCAAAGCGGCCCGGGCCUCAUUUGACUCCAUUCGAGUCGCUCUUCCAGGUUCGCCCGGACCUCUAUCGGAAUCCGAAAGCACGCACGGCGGGGCAGGCUCAGCAGCGUCGCCCAACAGUCCUGCUUGGUCCAGAUCCAACAGCCCAGCAUUAGGAGUGUGCGGCAUGGCCGACAAGGCUUGCUUGUCCAGAUUGGAAGCUAGCAAGAAGGAAAGAAAAGCCUGGAAAGAUGAAGUGAACAGGGUAGCUCUUCAACGUUGCCAGGCAAACCUGCACAAAGCUAGACAAGGCAACGCUCCUCCCUCCUCCUUCGCUAUUCCUCAUUCCUCUCCAACCCUGACCAGAUUCGAAUCUGCAGCAUUGUCGGCAGGUGCAACUCCAACUUUGCAACAUGCUGCUGGACUGAAAAGAACGCAGAGCGCAAAGAGACCUGCCUCGAACGCUGCAAAUGCCAAUCUUCAGACCAGCGCUGUCACAGUCGGCAAAGCUUCUCGACGCCUCACUGCUCCUGUCCCUCGCACCGAGGCUCCUUCUAUUCGAACUUGAUUCCCACAGCCUUCACAUUGGCUCUUCUCUCACCCGAUUUCUUCAUCGACUCAUUUACCGUUGCGCCCAGAUCGGCAUUUCUUUUGAUCUCUUCUGUCUGGCAAAGACCUUUUAUGGUCCGUGCGUCAUUGAGCGCCUGUUUUUAUCCUUUGGUUCCGGCGCCUUUUGCUGUCAGCUGGGCCAUGCCGACGACCACCGUUCUUCGGUCCUUUUCACCUCUUCUUUACUACUGGCUUCAUUGCUCUAUACCCUAUGCCAUUUGCAAUGGAUGCCAUUCCACUU